AUCAUAUAGAUUGAUCAAUAUAAUAAUAAAAUUGAAAGUAAAAGGACUUCCCAUGAAUUCCAGCCAAACGAGUUGAGUUGAUUCAAUUUUUUGUUGACUUGCUCUCUCUCUCUCUCCCUCCUCUUUUUAAAAACGUCGUAGCCAAUUUCUCGAACAUCUUGCGGGCAAAGAAAACAUGGGCUCCAUUUAGUUUGGACCUAAGAAGAAGCAAAAGCAUCAAGACGUUUCCAUCAGUGAUCAGUCUCUAGUUUCAUCUCUCACCAAAUUCUGACUUAAAGAAUCAGACCCAUUUCAAUCUGUUUUCAGGGAAGCGUAGGAUAACAAGGGAUGCAGUGUCUGAAUCGAAGUGUCAGUCUGCCCUUAGCCAGACGGUUAUUGGCCCGCCACUUAUCCACCAAAUUAUUUGUUGGAGGGCUUUCUUAUGACACCAAUGAAACUGUUUUAAAGGAUGCUUUUGGAAAAUAUGGUGAAAUAAUUGAAGUGAAAGUGAUAUGUCACCGAGUGUAUGGUGAAUCCAAAGGCUACGGCUUUGUGCAGUUCUCUUCUGAAGCUGCAGCCAGCACAGCUUUGAAAGAAAUGGAUGGCCAGUUGCUGGAUGACCGAAAUAUCCGUGUGCAUUAUGCUCAUAAGUGGUCAUGAGGAGGAGCUUUUGUCUUGUCUGAUCCAUUACACAGGGUUAGAUGCUGCUUAUUGAGUAAGGUUUUCCUACUGUGCAAUGGUUCACCAAACAUGCCAAAAGUAAAAAUAGGAACUUCUAUAUUACUUCUGUCUCUCUUCUUUCUUUUUUACCCGAUUGGUUUCUUAGAGUAGAAAAUAGGUCAGGUUUUAUUGGGAGGGGGGUUCAGAUGGGGCAAGAGAAAAGAAUAUGGAAGCAGAUCCUUUUACCCUAUUGGAAACUAGCCUGCAGUUUCGUGGUUAUUGUACUUGAAGAGUGCGUGUAGCAAGUCUAUGCCUGUAUUCAGUUUCUGUUGUGUUCAAAACCCAGCAGUUGCAAGUUAAAACCUACAUUUUCUUACAA